AUGCAGAACCAUUAUGGGGUCCAUAAUGGUUCUGUCGACCACUACAAAAGGUUGGGAGAGAAGACAAGGGCUAUGCAGAUCGCAUUCCUGACAGCGAUAUCGUGGUGGAUAAUAUUUUUUGCGGUCAAUAUCAUACUGAAUAAUGAUUUCUACACGUUUCCUGAAGGCAUACAGUUGAAAAAUGGCCAGAAAUUUGAUUAUAUAGUAGUAGGGGCUGGUGCGGCAGGCGCUGCAGCAGCUGCCAGGCUUGCACUCGCUGGUCAGGAUGUUCUUCUUAUUGAAGCUGGUGGUGAUCCAACCUUCAUCUCUAAGAUACCAGCUGCUGCCAUGGCACUUUUGGGUUCUAAUCUAGACUGGAAUUAUAGAACAAUAUCAAACAACGUCUCUUGUCUAUCAUCAAACGGCCAGCAAUGCCGCUUCAGUCGCGGCAAGUGCCUCGGUGGUUCCACCUCUAUCAAUUUUAUGAUACACACGCGCAGUGACAGGAAGGACUUUGAUAAAAUAACCAGCCCCGGCUGGACCUACGAUGACGUAAUGCCCUACUUCCUCCGCUAUGAAGGCUUGCAAGACCUUAGCCAACUUCCAUCCUCUUCUAGACCUUUCCACAAUACUACUGGACCGCUACAAGUGGGCUUUUUUAGCAACCCCCAGAACGUAUGGCAUUCCAGGCUAAUACGUGCAUUUAAGUCGUUGAAAUUCCCUUUUAAUCCUGAUGUAAACGCGGAAUCACGAAUUGGUGUAACUAAAGUUGUAGGUUACGUGUACAAAGGGGAACGGAUGAGUACAGCUCGGGGAUAUCUAGCCAGAAUAGAUGUAAAGAGAAAACUUGGAGUGGCGAAGAAUGCCAUGUGUACAGGGGUAAUUAUUAAUAAAAAGAACAUAUCUCGUGGCGUCACAGUAGUCCAGGGUUCAGAAAACUUAAAAGUGUAUGCUCGAAAAGAAGUUGUAUUAAGUGCAGGUACAAUUGGUACUCCGCAAAUACUGAUGUUAUCGGGUAUCGGGCCAGCCGAGCACUUAAAAAGCAUGAGUAUACCAGUGAAAGUAAAUCUGCCUGUUGGCGAUAAAAUGACAGACCACGUGCUACAAAUGUUAGUGAUACAAAUUGACGCAGGUACGGGGACUGUUCACAACAUUAAAUUAUUGGCUUCGACCUUCAUCGAGUUAACUAAACUGUUAAUUGCGAAACGAGGUGCAUACACGUCUAAUGGUCUCUCCGAUGUCAGUAUAUUUGCCAACACCCAUUGCUAUGACUUCAAACAGAGAAAACUGCUCAAUGUAAGUUCAAACGGUAGCGACUGCAAUGUCCCCAACUUACAAGUUAUCAACGUGUAUGUCGAAAAGAAUGUAUUUUCACUUUAUAAACUACUUUUCAAACACACUAUAGAUGUAUGUGACGACGUAAUGGAACAAAUCAUUGAGGCAAAUAAGAAACAUGCGAUAAUUCUAAUGUGCCCCGUCUUGUUAGAGCCUCGUUCGUCAGGCAACGUGCGAUUGGCGAGCAAAGAUCCUUUAGUGCCACCAGCUAUAUACCCAAACUACUUAGCGGAUGAUAGAGAUGUAGACGAUAUGGUGCGGUCCAUCGGGAUUGUAGAACAAAUGGUUGAUUCGCAUAUAUUUAAGAAAGGGAAUGCUUCAUUGCUAAAGCUGAAUUUCAAAGGAUGUCCUCGGUAUGAGAUGAACCCACAAGAUUACUGGCGGUGUUACGUGCGACACAUGACGUUUGCGGCGUACCACGCGGCGGGCACAGCGCCCUUAGGGAAAGUGCUCGAUGCACGUCUGCGGGUGCUCGGUGUACGAGGCCUUCGAGUUGCUGACCUAAGCGUGCUGCCUAGCGUUCCACGUUUCAAUACUGCAUCUAUAGCUGUUGCUAUUGGGGAAAGAGUUGCUGACUUCUUGCUCGAAGACAAUAAAAAAGCGUUGUAA